AUGGUGUCUCGAUCGACGCUCGGGCUCCUCGCACUGCUCCUCGUCGCUCUACCCCUACCGACUCUUUCCAUCGAUAAAGCCGCCUUGAAAAAAGAAGCUUACGAAAUGUUCAUGCACGGCUAUCGAUCGUACAUGCGAUACGCCUGGCCGGCUGACGAAUUGAUGCCUUUGAGUUGCAAGGGAAGACAACGAGGCGUCACUCCGUCGAGGGGAGAUGUCGAUGAGGCGCUGGGAAACUUUUCUCUGACGCUCGUAGAUGCUUUGGACACUCUCUACGUGGUCGGCGAAUUUGAGGAAUUCGCGAAAAGUGUCAAAUUGAUUGUCGACAAUGUGCGUUUCGACUCGGACAUCGUUGUCUCUGUGUUUGAGACAAACAUUCGCAUGUUAGGCGGUUUGAUUUCGGGUCAUUUGAUGGCCGAGCGCUUGCGAGGACAAGACGAACGAUAUCUACAAUGGUAUACUGAUCGACAGUUGCUGAAAAUGGCAAUUGAUUUGGCUGAUCGUUUAUUGCCCGCCUUUAACACUUCAUCAGGGAUUCCGUUUGGAAAGAUCAAUCUCCGCCAUGGAAUGCUCGAGUAUUUGAAAAGACAAAAGGACACGUGCACGGCUUGUGGAGGGACAUUGUUGCUCGAGUUCGCUGCGUUGAGUCGCCUUACCGGCAAUCCAAUCUACGAGGAGAAAGCGAAAAAAGCGAUGGAUUUUCUCUGGGCACAAAGACAUCGAGCCUCCGAUCUGAUGGGCACCGUUCUCAAUGUUCAUUCUGGAGACUGGGUUCGACGGGACUCGGGCAUUGGUGCUGGAAUCGACUCGUACUAUGAGUAUUGUCUCAAGGCCUAUAUUUUGCUUGGAGAUCACAGCUAUUUAGAGCGAUUUAAUAAGCAUUACGAUGCGGUGAUGAGAUAUGUGAACAAAGGACCAUUUUUCGUUGACGUUCAUAUGCAUCGACCAACUGUGGCAACUCGUUCAUUCAUGGAUGCACUGUUAGCCUUUUGGCCUGGAUUACAAGUGUUGAAGGGAGAUGUGCGAGAGGCAAUCGAAAUGCACGAGAUGCUCUUCCAAGUGGUUAAGCGUCACAAAUUCUUGCCAGAAGCGUUCACGCACGAUUUUCAAGUUCACUGGGCUGAGCAUCCAUUAAGACCGGAAUUUAUCGAGUCAACUUAUUUUUUGUAUCGAUCAACACACGAUGAGCAUUAUUUAGAAGUGGCUAAAUUGGUGAUGGACAGUUUAAAUGAGAACGUGAAAGUCUCUUGUGGCUUUGCUGGGAUCAAAGACAUUCGAACGAUGGCUCACGAGGAUCGAAUGGACUCCUUUGUGUUAUCGGAAACAUUCAAGUAUUUGUACAUGAUCUUUUCGGAGCCUGAGGAUCUUCCACUCGAUCCCGAUCAAUAUGUCAUGACUACAGAGGCUCAUUUUCUUCCGCUAAGUAUGGCGAAUCCAUUUGGGGAUGAGAUUCCCCGUAAGAUCAUUUUCGAUGCAAAGGGUGAAGAAGAGGUCGACAUGGCUAAAGCACAACACGCGAAUCCAUGGUCUCACCGGGAUCGCCUUGACGCCGAUCUCCCAAAGAAGAUUCGCGAGCGAACGAAGAGCGUUUUAGAAGAAGUCGCUGUUUUACAAGCUCAACAUGGACAAACCGGUGCACAAUGUAUGAAACCUUCCGAGCGUUUGAAAGCGUGGGCGUUCAACGCGCAAGACUCGGAGCAUUUGCGACAAUUGCGGCAAAUGGGAAUCGAAUUACAAGUGCAAACGGACGGCCGAAUACAGCUCAGCCAUCAAUCGACAAAUGCAUUAUCGGAUGAAUUGGCGAAAUGGGGAGUCGAAUUCAUGAAAGAAGUCGUCGAGAUGUCCAAGAAGUUGGCCGAAAAAACGGAGCAAAUUCAACCCGACUACUAUGUGCAGCUGCUUUCGUUUCCCUAUUUGGGCAAGCCAGUCCUUCUAGCGUCACCAGCACAAUUCGGGAAAUCGCUGGACGAGGCAUCGAUCGAAGCCGAAUUGAUUCUGGCCGAGCCAUUCGCCGCAUGUGGUCCGCUAAUGAACGCGCCGCAAGCAAAAGGGAAAAUCGUCGGCGUUCACCGAGGCGAUUGCAUGUUUCAAGAAAAGGCUCGAAAUGCGCAAAAUGCUGGCGCUGUUGGAGUCAUUGUCAUUGACAAUAAACCCGGCACCUCAGCCGAUAAAACUCAGCCAUUUGCUAUGUCAGGCGAUCUCGAUAAAGAAGACGACAUCACAAUCCCAGCGGUUUUCCUCUUCCGAAACGAGGGCCAACAACUCCUCUCCCCUCCCCCGACACGGACACCGAUUUUCCUUCGAAUCACACUCAAACCUUAUGAAGAGGAUUCUGUUGUGGAAAGCUAUCUGAAAUGGGGUCCAAGAGUCGCUCAGAAGCCGACUUUCCCGAAAUGCUUUUUGGAAGAGGGGUAUUUUGUGAGAGUCGAGCCACCAGGUGAUGCGAUCACUUUCCAAUUUCGGUUAGCUGGAGUCAAUCAAGACAGCGAUCCGUUAGAGCACCAGGGGAUUGUCGAGCGUCACGUCGGAAAUCUCUUGGACGUUGUCGAGUUCUCAAACCUCCAAAAUCAGCAGACGUUUUUCAACUUUUUGAGGACAUCGGCCUAUGGAGCGUUGGGGUUGAAUGUCAAAGAUGAACCACUCGAACCGAUUCUCAAAGUUUUAAAGGAUCUCAAACUGCACCGUGAGCCCGCGGAUCUCUAUCGUCUACUACCCGGCGAGAUGACUCGAGCUUUCCGUUUCCUUUACAACGAUGACAGUCCAUUGAAAGAAUCCGAUGGGAAUCGUGGACACGCCAAGGGAGUAUUGAAUUUUGAUCGAUCAACGGGUUUCUGGAUGAUCCACUCAGUCCCCAAUUAUCCACCAUUACACUCGUAUUCCUAUCCAAAGACGGCCACCAAAUACGGUCAAUCAUUUCUCUGCAUCACGGUGAGCACGGAGAAUUUGAAUGCGAUUGGCGAUCAUCUGAAGUACAUUCAAGCAACACCCUUCGACAUUGGAUUGCCCGACGAUUUUGCGCAAAAAUACCCAGUCCUUCGGACAAUCGCUCAGAAGAAAUCAAUCUCGACAUCGACUGUCAAAUUCACAUUUGAGGCUGAAUUAACGACAAAAGGCGGCACUCAUUUUCAUACUUUUGCUAAGCACAAAAAGUUUAAGAAAGAUAUCUGGUAUGAUUUGAUCGUUCCAACAAUGGGCGUCUCUUUGGGUGUCCAAUCGUGGCUGAAUGGACAAGCAACGGACCUAAAAUCCGAGUGUGGAUCGCACGGAAAUGUGAAUGAUAUUGAUGAGAUUACUGUAUUGGGAGCACGUUUUCCGUCAUCAAAAGAUCACUCGAAAUGGGGUGUGAGUGAUGAUGCGCGGAGACCAAUUGUCUGCAUUGGGGAUUUAAAUCGACAGACGUCUCAACUCAAGCGUGGUGGCGGCGCAUUGUGCAUCGAGAACUCAAAGCUCUGGGAAACGUAUCGAAGCUCAGCCUCUCAUGUCUCCGCAUGUCGAUCAAACGGGAUCGUCGGCGGGUUACGG